CUUAUCAAAUUAAAAUCACGAUAUGAUUUCAUAAGGAAAAUUUAAAGUCAGUGCUCCUGCAAUAUAUUUACUGUAACAGUCCUACCCUCUCUUUGAUGGAACUAUCAUAAGUCUUUAGAUAAGAAGAAUGACAGAAAAAAAGUGGCUAAGUACCUUCCAGAACAGAUAGACAGUCUCCAGAUUAGCAGCACAAACUCAUCGUAGGCAUCAAUUAUGUAGAAAAGCAGCGAACCAUCAGAAUCUACUAUAAAAUCUGUCUUAUCUUCGGAAGCAGGAACAGAAUUUGGCAGUCCUUCACACUUCACAGGCAGUGUUCCCAUUUUCCCCUUUCCAAUAUAGCCCGCCAUCUGGUAGUGGCGCUUAAUGAUGAAUCUUAUUUACUUCAAUCUUAGCUCAUAUGUGAUCCUCCCUAAGCAACCACGUCUUCUCUAGUUGAAGAAUCAUGGACUGUGGAAAUGAAUCCGCACGAUCUCACAAUUCAAAAUUCCCCCAUCCGAUUCCCUGGGUGCCACCUUUCCCGGAACUAGAUUCUGAUUUUCUUGGAAACGCAUUUCAGAAUCACCAUUUGCAACCGUAGUGAAUUCACAUUUAACAACUAAAUCAGUACCAACAAUGCGUUGAUUCUCGCUCUUAAUUGGAUGAAUGGGCACAAAACUCCUCGCAAUGAACAUUGAGAAAGAUACGGUGCUUCCCCAUAAGACCCGCGGCUGCGGAGAUUGCUGAAGGCUUUUUGGUAGGUGGUUUCUUCUUGCAUUUUUCACAGUUCUCCUUCUGAUUCAUCGGACGAAGGACGAAAGCAAGCUUGACCAACCCUCAUCCUCCCCUUCGUUGCCGUAUCCGAGACCAUCAUCAUCUACGAUGAAUCCGCGAGCUUCUUCUCAUUGUCUGGCAACGAGAGCGGAGUAGCCCUCUUCGGCGACGGUAUCGUAGAUUGGAUCUUCCAUCUUUAUCUGAUACCCACCUUUUAGAAACGCCGACCACUGCUACGGAUGGCAGGAAAACACUUGAGUUUUCGCGYCAAUGAGGUUCUGACCGAACCAUAAUAUUUGCAGGCCAGAGUAGUCAUCCUGGUCCGACCAGAUAAGUCUUGCCACCUGGCCACCGGCCACCCCUAUAAAGCGAGCCACUCCUACACCGUUGGGUCGAUUCGCAUUAGACUGGGUUUUCACGGUCUAGCGGUUGGUUCACUCUCAACGCGAUUAUUUUCUUCUUCUUUACCAGGGUUUGUUCUUCGACAAAGGAGAGAAGAAGACCGGUGAACGAAACCUCUGUUGAGGCUUGAGCUUGGAUGACUGAGUUUGGGAGCAACAAGCGUCGCAGUCACGCAGACGUGAAUUGAGCUCUUGGAUGCAUAUUAGUUGUUGAACAUUAGCUAGAAAUGGCGUCAGCAGGUCAAGCGCUGCCACUGAAGAGACAGAGUUCAUCAGUGAUGAGAGAGUCAGACCGACUUAUUGUUACACCACUGGGGGCUGGGAAUGAAGUGGGUCGGUCUUGUGUUUAUAUGUCUUACAAAGGAAAAACUGUCUUGUUCGACUGUGGAAUCCAUCCUGCUUACUCGGGCAUGGCUGCUUUGCCCUACUUUGAUGAGAUUGACCCUUCAACAAUUGAUGUGCUUCUUGUUACACACUUCCACUUGGAUCAUGCUGCAUCUCUUCCAUAUUUUCUGGAGAAGACCACCUUCAAAGGCCGUGUUUUUAUGACACAUGCAACAAAGGCCAUCUACAGGCUUCUCUUGUCUGAUUAUGUGAAAGUCAGCAAGGUCUCAGUUGAAGAUAUGUUGUAUGAUGAACAAGACAUUCUUCGCUCCAUGGACAAAAUUGAGGUUAUUGAUUUCCACCAGACACUAGAAGUGAAUGGAAUCCGCUUCUGGUGCUACACUGCUGGUCAUGUUCUUGGUGCUGCCAUGUUCGUGGUUGACAUUGCAGGAGUGAAGGUUCUUUACACAGGAGACUAUUCACGGGAAGAAGACCGCCAUCUCCGUGCUGCAGAGAUCCCACCGUUCAUUCCUGAUAUAUGCAUAAUUGAAUCCACAUAUGGUGUCCAGCUCCAUCAGCCUCGAAAUGUCAGGGAAAAACGCUUCACUGAUGUCAUCCACUCAACCAUUUCUCAGGGAGGGCGUGUUCUAAUUCCAGCAUUUGCUCUUGGAAGGGCCCAGGAACUACUCCUUAUUCUUGAUGAGUAUUGGUCAAAUCAUCCUGAGCUUCAUAACAUCCCCAUCUACUAUGCAUCCCCCCUUGCAAAGAGGUGCAUGGCUGUAUACCAGACUUACAUCAAUUCCAUGAAUGAUAGAAUCCGGGCCCAGUUUACCAACUCAAAUCCCUUUGAUUUUAAGCACAUUUCUCCAUUGAAAAGCAUUGAGAAUUUCGAUGAUGUAGGUCCGUCAGUAGUGAUGGCAAGCCCAAGUGGACUGCAAAGUGGAUUAUCACGGCAGCUAUUUGACAAGUGGUGCUCAGAUAAGAAGAAUGCAUGUGUUAUACCUGGAUAUGUUGUUGAAGGGACAUUGGCCAAGACCAUCAUCAAUGAGCCCAAGGAAGUCACCCUCAUGAAUGGCCUUACUGCCCCUCUUAACAUUCAGGUCCAUUACAUUUCAUUCUCAGCUCAUGCUGACUAUGGGCAGACAAGUACAUUCUUGAAAGAACUCAGGCCUCCUAACAUAAUCCUAGUUCAUGGAGAAGCCAAUGAGAUGGCAAGGCUUAAACAGAAGCUUAUCACAGAGUUUGCAGAUAAGAACACCAAAAUCAUCUCCCCAAAGAACUGCCAAUCUGUUGAACUGUAUUUCAACUCAGAGAAGAUGGCCAAAACAAUUGGGCGACUGGCUGAGAAGACCCCAGAAGUUGGUGAAACUGUCAGUGGCAUACUGGUAAAGAAAGGUUUCACUUAUCAGAUUAUGGCACCUGAAGAUCUUCAUGUCUUCUCACAGCUAUCUACUGCCAACAUCACACAGAGGAUAUCUGUCCCUUAUUCUGGUGCAUUUGGUGUGAUAAAACACAGGCUCAAGCAGAUAUAUGAAAGUGUAGAGUCUCUACCAGAAGAAGAAUCUGAGGGCCCCUCAUUGCUAGUGCAUGAACGGGUGACGGUGAAACAAGAGUCUGAGAAGAAUGUGUCAUUGCAGUGGUCCUCAGACCCCAUUAGUGACAUGGUUUCAGACUCGAUUAUUGCUGUCAUAUUGAAUAUCAGCCGUGAAAUUCCCAAGGUCACAGCAGUGACAGAGACUGCAAAAACGGAGGAUGGCAAGACAACAGAGAAGAUAAUCUAUGCCUUGUUAGCAUCCAUAUUUGGAGAAGUCAAGGCUGGAGAAGAAGGAAAAUUGUUAGUGACUGUUGAUGGAAAUGUGGCUCAUCUGGAUGUGAAGAAUGGUGAAGUUGAGUGUGAAAACGAGGCCUUGAAGGAGAGAGUCCGGAUUGCUUUCUGCCGGAUCCAGAGUGCAGUAAGGCCCAUCCCUCUUUCUGCUUGAAACUAAUAUUUGUCUUAACAGUUAGCAUCAAGUCCUUUAAUCCUGAAGUUAGGGAGCAACUAUUGGUUUGCAAUUAGCACAGAUCCCUCUAAUAUGCUCCACAGAUUUCGGUUAUGUUUUUGCAGAAAUUGGUCCAAUUUGAAAUGGACUUUGUAUAAUUUUCCUUGCUUUUCCGGCAAGCUGGGGAAAAGGAUUGCUUUUCUGAGUUGUUUCAUGAGAAAAGAAACACAGAUUGUACAAGCACUCACUGAUAUACUUACAGUUUUUAAGUCUCUGGCACUUUUCUCCAUA